AAAGUAAACAUGCACCGCAGUCAAUGUAAGCAUUUUAGGAGGAAGUGUGUACUAUUAUCAGUAAAAGAAUUGGCAUUGCAUACAUUACAAUGAAUGGCAGUGUCACGUACAGAGCUAGUGUAUGUACAUGUACAUGUAAUGAACAUUGUAAGUAGCGCUAGUAUAAUCAAAGCACACAACAGCUAUCACUUGAUCCUUUAUACUAACAUUAAAUGGAAAAUAUUAUGACUAUCCUUGAAAACAAGUUUGUGUAUGCAUGUUCAAAUGGUAGUAUCAAUGAAAGACAUGCUGUAUUGAGCUGCCCUACUAAUAAACACAUAUAGUUCAUACAGUUACAUCAUGUACAUAUGUAGUGAUGAUGGUGUGAUGUGUGGGUGUGCUUACCUUCAGCUUUCAGUUGCUGAAGGUAAUCUUUAGCAAGACGUAGUCUUUUCUCUGGUGCUGUCUCCUCUCUAUCACUGAAAUCUUCAUCAAUACCAAGAGACUGGUAAUCUCUAAGUAAAAAUAUGAUUCAUUAUUAUAAUAGUAUAGUACAUCUGUACAUGUAUCAAGGAAGAAUUUAUAGGGUAGCUACUAGCUAUGCUUAUUCAAACAUCAUAUGACCAGUGAUCAGUGGGACUGUCCCAGGGAAGACACCUGUAAUAUAAGAAGUGGCUAACAUAUACAGGAAAGUAACUCCCUCACAAAAGGAGGAGCUACUCAUAUCACCACUGAUAAGAAGAGCAAAGAAGGAAAAGAAAUAAAGUCAAAAUGGCAUUCCAGAUGGAUGAGAAAGAGAUGAAAGCAGAAGCCAAAACCAAUGAAGCUCUGGCAAUCCUAAUGUGCAUGGAUAAUCUACAGAAUGGUCUGUCAGCAUCAAUUGUUAGCAUAGCUGGGGACUGCUAUGCUCAGGAAAUGAUAGAUGAAGACACCUACGAUUCGAUGUUUGGUGGCAAAUGGGAAUCUGAAAAUGGAAGAGCACAGUUGCUUGUCAGGUACAUUGAAAAAAGGCUUAAGGAAAAGGAUGCAAGGAAUGUUGAAACAGCAAUCAAAAUUUUUGCAGAAGUGAUAAGAAAAGAAGCCAGUUUUGAGCACUUAGCUAAACUAGUAGAUAAUUGCAAAACUGCACAAGAUUUUAGAAAAAUUAGUAAGAAAAUAUUCACUGGCAUCACAGCAUCUCUAACUACCAUUGCAUCGGGAGCAGUGGCCAAAGGAUUAAUCUCUUAUUCUGAAUAUGUGGUAUGCACUCAAGGAGAUGCUAGUGAAGAGGCUACACGUACAUGGUUUGUCCUUCAACAAAUUCUCCAAGGAGCAGCUAAGAACCCCGAUGUACUAUACGACUUUAUGAAGAUUCUUGAGCAUAAAGGAAAACCAAUUAGCAACCAAUGUGAUGGAAUAAGAAUGGCACUGUCACAGUUGUCAAUAAAUACUGGUCUAGAGGAUACAAAUUGUAGAGAUGAUCCAGAAGGUGAAGAUGAAAAGAUGAAAACAUCGCCUUAAACUGAUAUUAACUUUGUUAAACUUUUCUAUAAUUAAAUAUAUUUUUCUAUUUAAAAUGAAA